AUGGUGAGGCGCCGCGAGAAGCAAUGGGCUGAAAGUUCGGACGAUCCAAGUUCCGAGAUCGAGUACCCGCGUGGCAACGGCCGAGUCUGGGAUCCGAGCGAUGGCGAGAACACGGAGAUCUGUGUUCGGCUUCAAGGCAACGGAGGACGACGCACCGAGUGCAAUGGCCCUGAAAUGGUCGCCCAAAUCUACCAAGGACCCAAGCCCCGCCCGCGACAACAGCCACCACCACCUCCGCCCCGCGAUCUGCAACGUCGCCCAGUUCUCCCGCCCACUCAUCCUGUCUUGGCCUCCCGUACGCCGUCGCACAUGGGAAUCACCGGGCUGCACAUUACCCCGCCGGUUCAUCGCAAAUUCCGUCUCGAUGGAACCCCGCUGCAUGCUGACAAGGUUACGCUGCGCGACCCGAAGAAAGAACAACAUCCGCACUUCGUUCGAGCCAUGCCCUGCCUUUCGGCGAAGAUGAGCAAACUGGAGCGCCCAAAAGACAUCAUCAAAGGGCCAGUGAUAGUACUUCGGUCCGCUAAGAGGGAAUGGGCUAGUCUUCGUGUCGUUCCAUCGCUAGUGCAGACGGCCCAGAUCACUCGCUUUGUGCCCAGCUCUGCCCUCUACUACCCACGUCUCUCGCUCAUCCUCAACAAGCCCGUCCAGGAGAUCCAUCGCUUCACUGCCCCUCCUUUGCAACAGUUGGUCCACUCCGUCGACGACCCCACAAGCCGCGGCUUCGAGCAGUACACGGCCACGCUGAUGACCGCCCCGCCACCGAAAUGCGAGGCCGAAAUUUACAAGCCGCCCUGGCUGACAAUUCAUUACACGUUGGCGCUCGGCAAGCACGUGGCGGUGGAGCACAAGAUUCGGCAGCCACGGAUUUUCAGGGUGAAACACCUGCGCGCCCGGCGCCUACAAUGUGUCCGGGUUGAUCGCGGCCGAUUCCGGCGCACCGAACCCGUCGAACGGGUUGAACUUCUCGUCGCGGCCCAUUGCCACCACAUCCGUCUGACCACCGUCGAAGACGUUUCCACCCAGCAGACCAUCAUGCUGCUCAAGAUGGACGGCUCCGCGGGGCCGAUUCCGCCCGGCAUCAAUUGUGCUGAAGCGCCCGAAUGCGAGCUGGAAGUGCCCGAAGAGCCGCCCCAGAUCGAGGGUGCGCCAACCAUACAUCGCGUGGAAGAACAUCACCACCACCACUACGGGCUGCUUUAUAGAGGGAAAAUGGUGCUGGAGCCGGAAGACCGUGUGCCGACGGAUGAGUAUCCGGAAUAUUGGCACGAGCGCAUUCCGCGUGAGCAUGAUGGAUUGCAGCAGCAAAGGCGCACCGGAGAUGGCCGCUAUCCCUCGAGAAAGCCAGCCUACAGCCCGGCCUACCGGCGGCGUAAUCGUCUCGUCGAACCCGGCUGCUCGCCAAUUCUCGUCCGAUCGCCUACAUCACAAGAUGAGGUGACCGGGCAACCAUGCACUCCGCCACCCGAGCCGCCUCUGCCGCCCCGUCGCCAACCGAUGGUCACCUACUCGACACCAGCCUCGUCCUUCAACGAUCCGCCCGAGCAGCACUACCCUCAGAAACAUGGCAAGAAGAAGAAGAGCAAAAAGGGCAAACAUCAUCACCGCCGCUCGAAAGACCCGAGAAGUCAGAGGAAGUACACAAUCGAUGUGGAGAUCGACUACAAGGGAGAAGAUGACGGCAAGGACCCGGUCCAGGUUCGCGCGAUCCCCGGCAAAACCGUCGGCUUCGAGGCGGAUUGUGCGAUGGAUCCGGAAGCUGCGCAACCGCGUCAGGAAGUGCAAACAGCCGAAGAGGUGCCCGUCGAGCUCGACCACCAGCGACCAGCCGGCUCAGGGCGCUAUCCGAAGCCCGGUGCCAAAGAACGCAGGGUUCAGUCCCAACCAUCCAAACCCAAGGAGGCUCAAGAGGGAGGAGGUGUGAGAUGGGCUGGCCAAAUUGCCCCGACCGAAAGUGACACGAAGGCGAUGAUCGAGGGGCCAGGCUCUGCCCCGAAUGAUGGCGACUCUCCACCGCCAAAAGCCUCGAAAUCUCGUUAUGGUCAACUUGACGGUAUCCCUCCGAAGCCACCGCCGACCCGCGCGACCGGCCCCGCUGAGCCGACGUACAACAUGCAGACGGCUCGCCUGCCAUACUUUGCUCGUGUCGAACGAUCGCCGCCACCUCGUGUCACCAAGUCCGGCUACCACCUGCUCUAUGGUGUCACCGAUGGUUCGGCGGAUGCGGCUGCCGCAGAGGCCGCCAAGGCGAAACAACAGCCGCAGCCCACUGCGCAGCCUGAUCCCGGCGUCAACAUGGAGACGGCCAGAUUGCCAUACUUUGCACGUGCCGCCUUCUCGCCGCCGCCCAAGCCCACAAAAUCUGGCAUGCACCUCGUGUACGGUGUCCAAGGCGCCAACGGGGCACCAAUUCAGCCGGCCGCCGACAACAGGCGCCCAGGCCAAGCUCGUCCUCCAAUCGGCUCACCUACCGGUCACCCGACUCCAUCCGGCCUCCACCAGCUGUACGGCGUCGUCGAGGGCGAUGCGUACAAGAAGCAGCAGCCCCAACAGCAACGCCAACAACAGCGACAACAACAACAGCAGCAGCAGCAGUCGAGGAGCAGCUCAGUGCCGCGGCCGAAUAAUGUUAUGCGCCGUCAGCUUCCCAUCUCCCCGGGCAGCAGGGAUAAGAGGAAGCCGAAGCCGGUCGAACCGAGCGUUGACGUUAAUGCGCGACCCGGAAAUCCGAAGCAAAAACAUCGAACUGCUUCAAAAGGCAAAUUCCAAAUGGUGGCUGGGAAGAACCCGAAACAUUCGAAGAAGGCGCGCUCCGACAACAAGAAGGCCUCGAAGGCCAAGAAGCGCCGA